AUGGCGCCAGUAGGAGGUGUCAAAGUGCCUAUACCAGGUCCUGCACGCUUGAAAAGGUCAGCAGGACCAGAUGAAUGGCUGGAAGCAGCAAAGAACUGCAAGUAUCUUUCAGAAUACCACAUGAAACAGUUGUGCGAGAUUGUGAAAGAAUUUAUGAUGGAGGAAUCCAAUAUACAACCAGUCGCAACGCCUGUGACGAUUUGUGGUGACAUACAUGGUCAAUUCUACGACCUUCUCGAACUCUUCCGUGUCGCAGGCGGAAUGCCUGGUGAGACAGCCCCAGAAGCCCCGACAACAAUAGACAACAUCAUUACAGCUGCUGAUAUUGAACCUCCGUCCACAAUAACCAACCCGAAACUGAAGAAGAAGAUAAGGCUAGGAGGCUCACAACACCCGGAUCCAACAACACCUUUGGAAGAAGUUAGUGACUCUUCCCUGGUAAAUUCGACCGCCGUCUCAGAGCUAGGAUCAGACCAAGAUGCAGAUGAGACCAUGACUAGAGGAACAGAGAGGAAGCAGAGUGCCAAUUUCGUAUUCCUGGGAGAUUACGUCGAUCGCGGUUACUUCUCUCUGGAGACUUUAACCCUUCUGUUGUGUCUGAAAGCAAAAUACCCAGAACGAAUAACACUUGUCAGAGGCAACCACGAGUCGCGCCAGAUCACACAAGUUUAUGGCUUCUAUGAGGAGUGUGUGCAGAAAUAUGGCAAUACAAGUGUCUGGAAAGCAUGCUGUCAGGUCUUCGAUUUUAUGACUUUGGGAGCGAUUGUUGAUGGGAAAGUGCUGUGUGUCCAUGGCGGCUUGUCGCCGGAAAUCAGGACGCUUGACCAAGUAAGAGUGGUCGCAAGAGCGCAAGAGAUUCCUCAUGAAGGUGCUUUCUGUGAUCUUGUCUGGUCCGAUCCAGAAGACGUGGAAACUUGGGCUGUCUCACCACGUGGAGCUGGCUGGCUUUUUGGCGAUCGAGUCAGUCAGGAGUUUUGCCAUGUCAACGGGCUGAAUCUUAUUGCCCGGGCACAUCAACUGGUCAACGAGGGUUACAAAUAUCACUUCAAGAGCCAGGAUGUCGUUACUGUGUGGAGUGCACCAAACUACUGCUAUAGAUGCGGUAACAUGGCCUCAGUUUGUGAGGUGGGAGAGGAUAUCAAACCCAACUUCAAGUUGUUCAGCGCUGUCAAGGACGAAAUGAGACACGUGCCUCCUUCGAGAGGUGGGCGGAAUGAAUAUUUCCUAUAG